AUGCAUGAUCACGACGAGAAAUUGAAAUAUAAUGCAGAGCGGCUUGUAUGCUCUGCCAUCGUGCAGGAAUAUCACGUGAUGAUCCAGGAGGGACUUGAGUAUUCUCAUGUCACGAAUGGGGUCGCCCGUGUCCUUCUCCGCGUUCCAUACGACAAUCCUGGCACACUGUACUACUUUCUCUGUGAUCCCAACAACGAACAAGGUCUCCAAGAGCCGAAGAAAUCUAUUGCUAGGGUUCUAUAUCUAUACUUAAUGGCGUUCCAUUCCCCUAUUCGUGACGAGGAAUAG